GAAAGAGGAGAGACGAAGGAGGGGGAGGGAGAAGCCUUCCCGUUUUGGUUUGAUGGUAGUUUCUAGAGAGAGAGAAAAGUAUCUCUCUAAACCUAGGGCCGGCUACUAUGUCAUUACUAUUUAACUUCCUCCAAAACUUUGUUCCAUAUAAAUCGUGUAUCCAACGUUUAUCGGAUCCAAUGUCAAUCAAAAUCGAACCCAAUCCACAUUCAGCAGCUACAGAAAGCCUACGACGUCGACAAUUAAUUAAGGAAAACUAAUGAUUGGCUUUAAGAUAAGGUAGUCACAGAGAGCCGAAGUUGUUUGCUCUGGCUUCUUCCCCUUAUACUACAAAAUCUCUCCCUCCUCUCUCCCUCUCGCAGAGGCUCCAACGAACUCUUGGGACUUACAUCUAUCUAUCAAAGGUGCAAACAUCUCCUCUAAGAUCUCAAUCUCAUUUCUUUUCCGCUUCGUUCCCGGUUAGACGCUUUCUUCCCGCUUCGUUGGUGAGCUUCCUCGUCGCGAUGUACUGGAAUAUAUCUUAAGCUACUGCUUUGAGGUCCUCCAAAAUUUGUGAACGGUUGCAGGGGCAGAUCUUUUUUCCCACUUUUAUUUGUUGUUUUGUGAACUGAAAAUGACAUAUGAAGAAGCUUUGAAGGUUGUAUUUCCCUUAUUGGAGGGUGUAGACCUUGCCUCGUGCAUGGCAGUAUGUAAGCAGUGGAGAGACAUAGCCCAAGAUGAUUACUUAUGGAAAUGCCUAUGUGCUAAGAGAUGGCCUUCAAUCUGCAAGCAGCCUAACCCGCCGACUUUAACGUACUACAAGCUGUAUCAAACUUUUUGUAGACGCCAGCAUCAUCGAACUCUUCUUCCCCCAAGGCUGUCCUUUGAUGAUUUGGAAUUUUUUAUUGACAUUUGGAUUGAAGACAGGUUGAUAUUUUCAGAAGUAGUCCCAGGCCCUGUAUUAGAUUCUGGGAUCAAGACCUUUCCAUCAGGAAUUUGUAACGUGCUCAGAUUUCACCUGGAAGGCCCCGAGUACAAAAUGACACUUCCUGUUGAGCCAAGACUCACCGUUCCUCAAAAUGAGACUGUCAGUGUUUCGGUGCUUGUGGGGCGCAAGGAUACCAAGAAGGUUGCUCGCAUCAUUAAUAAGUCCAAGUUUGACUACACAGAUUGGACAGCCUAUAGGGCAAUGGCAUUUGACUAUCUAGACUUCGCUCCUGUCCACCCCUUCAUUUCAGGUAUCCGUGCAUGGAUGUCUUUGCUUUUUAUGGAACAUGGAAAUGAAGUUAUUGAUAUUUUUGGGAUUGAAAUGGAUUUCGCUAAUGCUGCGACUUCCAAGGAAGAGGUUCUAUGGUUAUUAGACAUGCUUGAUUGGAAGUGAAUGAGUUGGACUGUCUGGCCAAGCAAAAGAAGAGCCAAACUGAGUUGGAUGGAAUAUAUAUGUACGUAUGCAUCUUUAUGGGUUCUUUACCAUGUGGAGAGCCCAAGGAUGAUAGUGCAGGCUCUCAACCUUCAGCAAAUACUUGGCUUGAGUGGUACUAUUUCGUUUGUUCUCUUUCCUGUUCAGUCUGUAGAUAUUUUUUCUAUUUUGGCAUUAAUAAGCAUGAACAAUUUCUGGCA